GAAGUUUGAAGCCAUGUUGCCCAAUCCCCACCUGCCUCUGCUACAAGCCAAGGUGAGAAGUUCUGCCUUGUUCAGAUCGACGUUUUGAGCAACCUGCUUUGCUGCACAGUGUGCAAGCAUUGCUCGGGGACUGGAUUGACAGACCAAGAAGGCACCAAACUCGGACUGGCAGCAAAACUUGAGGUCGCAUGCCCCUAUUGCGGCAUUCUUGCAGGUUCCUGGACUUAGCCACGCUAACAAGGCUCGAGGGCCUUCGAAGCCAACAUCCGUUCCAUCAUGGCGAUCAAGCAGAUAGGAAAGGGGCAGACAGCUCUCAAUGACUUUUGGGCAGCUAUGAACGUCUCCCAGAGAGGUCUCCACCACAAAACGUUCCAGGAGCACCUGAAGAAGACUUUCAAAGAGCCAGAGGCCCUAUGCAUGAAAAAGUUUUAUGCCGAGUCAGCUGUCGCGGUGAAGACAGCCUGUCAGAAGAUGGACCCGGGGUUUUGCAAGGAUAUCACCGUGGUGUACGACGGCACAUGGCACACGAGAGGGCACACAUCUCACAUCGAAGUCGGGUCAGUCAUAGAAUACCACACAGGCCUCAUCUUGGACGCCGUGGUUUUAUCCAACCUGUGCCUUGGGUGCCAAACAGGACCCAAGCCUGGAGAUCAAGGGUAUGACAGCUGGCACAUGCAUCAUGUCUGCCAGAAAAACACGGACGCCAAAUCUGGGAGGAUGGAGGUCGAGGCGGCCCUGACCCUCUUCAAGCGCUCUCUCUCCAAGCACGACCUGCGGUAUACACCACUCGCCUCCGACGAGGACAGCAGGACCUUCUCCGCCCUUACAGAAGAGAAUGUCUACGGGCUAGUCCCCAUCGUGAAGGAAGAGUGUUUGAACCAUGUUCAGAAGAGAAUGGGAACGGCACUGCGCAACCCUGUCCAGAACAGCGACAAGCAGUUGAGCGGUAAGGACAGGUUGACGAAGGCCCUCAUCGACAAGCUUACCGACUACUAUGGCUGGGCCCUCCGAAACAACUCCAAGGACGUGGCAGCGAUGCAGCGUAAAUGCAAGAAAGGUGAUUUCCACCUAGAAGACGCUGAUGGGAAAAGUGGAUUGGCAUCUACCAUAAAUGUCUCUUGCACUGAAUGUGGUGAGUCGAACAUGUUCAAGACGUCCAAGAGAUCUCAAAGAGGCAUGUUUGAGAUCAAUGAAAGGUUUGUUUAUGCCCUGCAAACAUGUGGCAAAGGACUGCAGGCUGGCCGCGUGAUGUGCACAGUUUUGAACAUGCCACCACCUCCAACAAAAUUUGCGUCCUACACUACACGGCUACUUGAUGCAGCAGCAACUGUUGUCUCUGAAAGCAUGGCUCGGGCUUGUGAAGAGAUUAAGGAUGAAAAGCAUAGAAGUGAUGAACACCAAGAAAUAGCCGUCACUGUGGAUGGAACAUGGGUGAAGAGAGGACAUUCAUCUCUGCAUGGUGUUGUCAUACUCCUAUCAGCAGACACGGGCAAAGUGCUCGACUGUGAAGUGGAGACUAAGUUCUGCCAUGUCUGUGCCCGGAAACAGCACACAGAUAACAACCAACAAGAGUGCAAGGUUACACAUAGUUGA